UGAAUGCUCGGCAACAAAGUAACGCAAGUGAAGCGUGUGGGCAGGAGGUGAACUUUAUUCGUUUACAGCAUUGCAGGCCACAACUUUUUUUCUCCCCCUUUAAUGUUAGUUUCCGCGUUUGGAUUGUGUAUCAGGACGUAUAGGCAUACGAUUUCUUUUCUUUCUGGCUUUUUUAAAGAAGUUUUUAUGAUCUGCUCGGCUGUGUACUAUAGUACGCUUCACUUUGUUCGGGACCCUCGCUUAUUGAUCAUGUCUCAGGAGGAAAUGGUGCCGUGAAUGUUUAUCAAGCCGCAUCCAACAGUUCCUGGAAAGUACCGUGGUGUUUUAUUUCUACACGAUUUUUUGGGGGGGGGUGGAGGAAGCAUCUUGGCACGUGAAGGAGAAAAAUGGUUCUCGUGUUUAAGUUCGGUUUCACUUUGCGCAUCACGGUAAUAUCGUGCACUGGGGAUCGGCGUGGUGUUUAGGACAUGUUGGAGUGAACUGACUUGUACAAACGUUUUUUUGUUUGUUUGUUUUUGGAAGUUAUUGCUGUUUCUCAAAAUGGAUGUAACUGUGUCUGAGCUGAUGGCCAACUUUAUGGAGUCCCCGCUGGUGGUUUGGGUGAAGACCUUUGGGCCGCUGGCUUCCAACGCCGAAGACAAGCUCUCUAUGUUCAUGGAGUUAGUGGACGGGGUCUUCCUUCAUAAGAUCAUGACCCACAUAGACCCAAAUCCUACAAACCACCGGGUGAAUAAACAAGUAAACAGUGACGUUAACCUCAGAAUCCAGAACCUCAGCACUGUGAUCAGACACAUCAGAAACUACUACCAGGAAAAUCUCCAGCAGCUCGUUCUGAUGACGUUACCCAACGUUCUGACCAUCGCCAAGGACCCAUUGUCAGGCAAGAGCAUGGAGGAGAUGAAGAGGCUUUUGCUGCUGCUCCUGGGUUGUGCCGUUCAGUGUGAGCGUAAAGAGGAAAUCAUUGAGAAGAUUAAGCUGCUAGACAUCGAAACCCAGGCAGCCAUCGUCUCUCAUAUCCAGGAAGUAACUCACAACCAGGAGAAUGUUCUGGACAUGCAGUGGCUGGAGGUGGGGGAGCUGCCAGCCGAGGACCUGGACACAGUGUCUCGUACCAUGGCCUUUCACCUCCGCAAACUCGUUGAAGAGCGUGACGAGAGCUCAGAACUGAUCUUGGAGCUGACUCAAGAGAGAGAUUACUUGCAGUCGCAGCAACUCCCUAACUCCAUAAACUGCUCCAGUGACCAGUCCUCUCAACCCACUAUACUAACCAAAGAAGAACGGCAGCACCUGGCAGUGGAGCUCGCAGACACCAAGGCCAAACUGCGCCGCUUCCGCCAAGAACUAGAAGAGAAGACGGAGCAGCUGAUCGAUGCUAAGAAUGAACUGGAACGUCUGGAUGCAGAGAUGCAAAAGCUGAAACAGGAGAACAUGCAGCUUUUAGCAGAGGCUCGCUCAGUACGUGCGUAUCGUGAUGAGGUGGAUGCUCUGAGGGAACGUGCCGGCAAAGUGGAUCGACUCGAAACAGAACUUGCUCGCUUUAAAGAGAAACUUCAUGAUGUCCACUUCUACAAGGCCCGCAUGGAGGAGCUGAGAGAGGACAAUAUGACUCUGCUAGAGACAAAGGCCAUGCUGGAGGAGCAGCUGGGUACAGCUAGGGGGCGCUGUGACAAACUGCAUGAGCUGGAGAAGGAGAACCUACAUCUACGCUCCAAACUGCAUGAUAUGGAGAUUGAUCGGGACAGUGAUAAGAAGCGUCUAGAGGAGCUGCUGGAGGAGAAUAUGAUGCUGGAGAUUUCACAGAAGCAGAGUAUGAAUGAAUCUGCUCACUUGGGUUGGGAGUUGGAGCAGCUGACUAAGAACAAUGAUGUCAAUGACGUACGUAAGUCCUUUGUGGUUGAGAUGAACGAGUCAGCAUCCAGUCGACUUCUGAAGCUGGAGAAGGAGAACCAGAGCCUCCAGAGCACUAUCCAGAACCUGCGGGAAGCCACACUUGGCAUCGAAGAGGGUCAACUCCACACCAUGGAGCUGGAGAGGGAGAACCAGGGCCUCAGCAAGAAGCUUGAGAGACUGCAGACUCAAUUGGACCAGGAAAAGCAGACUAUAAAGGACUUGGAGAAUCUUGGAGAUGAGCUCAUCAAGGAAAAGCAGAAACUGGAGAAUGAUCUAGAAAAGCUCAGUGUAGAAAAGGGAAAACAGAUCUCAGAGCUGGAGCGAGAAAAGGAGCAUCUGAGCCAGACUGUGAACUCCCUGCGGAAACGUGCCCAGGAGGACACCGAGGCACGUGUACGGGAGGUGGAAAUGGAGAAUCGCAUCCUUCACCAGAAGAUCUCAGACACUGGAAGUCAGCUAGUGCAGCUUGAGAACGAGAAGCAGAUGAUCACCAAGCAGUUGGAGGGUGAGCGUAAAUGCACCAAGGAGCUGCAGAGGACUGUAAAGAGUAUGGAGUGUGCUCAGAAUCAACUCCAGGAUGAGCUGACUUCACUCAAAGUGGCUGAAGAGCAGCUUGAAGCCUUGCAGUGCAAGAACAACAUCCUUGAGCAGGAAAACGGCGGGCUGAAGAAGGAUGCAGAAGAGUUACAAAGUGACAACAUGCGUCUGACUCUGCUGGAGAAGGAGCACAGGAAGCUGGAAAGUGAGAACAUGGAGCUUCAGAGCACUGUGGCUGAGCUCCGUUCCCAAGCCAAGCGUACCGAAAGACUGGAGAUCAAGUGCAGCAGCCUUGACAAGGAGAACCAGCGGCUCCAGCAGAGCUUGGAAAGCAGCAGCACCAAAAUCCAUGGGCUCAAGAAUGAGCUGCACGAGGCCGAAGUCCAGAGUGAGGAACUGCGUCAUGAACUGGAGGAGCUGAGGAAAGUGGCGAAACGUGCUGAGGAGGCAGAGAAGGAGCGACGGAGAGUGGAGCAGGAGCUUGGCCAAGCUGAGAAAGAGAGGAAGCAACUGGAAAGGGAGGCACGUAGACUGAGGCAGCAAGUAGACGUAAGAGAAUCUGCACUUGAGGAGAGCUUGCUUAAACUGAGUAACAUGGAAAAAGAGGGAACGGCCAUGAACAGGGAGCUUGCACGGCUCCAGGAGGUUGCCAGCAGAGUCAAGGAUAUGGAGAAAGAGAACAAGGAACUGCAGAAACAGGUCACCAUUGACAAGAAGACCUUGGCUACGCUCCGAGAGGAGCUGGUGAAUGAGAAGCUGAGGGUGCAGCAGCAGUGUAAUCAGCUGGAGAAGCUCAAUCAUGAGCUGGAGAAGAUCGGCCUGAACCGAGAGAGACUGCUGCAGGAGGAGCACAGCUGUGAGGACAAUAAGUACAGGAUCCUGGAGACAAAGAUCGAGUCAGCUUUGAAGAAUUCCCUGGAGCUGAAGGAGGAAAAGAUUCAGAGCCUGGAGUCACGCCUUGAGGAGAGCAGCAGCUUGAACCAGCAGCUACGUACUGAGCUCACAUCAGUGAAGAAGACGCUGGAGGCAUUGAGGCAGAGGCAGGAGGAGGAGGCUGCCCACUCUGAAAUAUCCCAGAAGGCUGUGGAGCAGGGCAGGUCUGGAAGCAACCAAGAGAAAUGGGAGACGGAACAGAGAGAAAUCACAGCUGAGCUGCUUAAACUCAAAGAUCAUCUGAUCGACGUGGAAAAGAAUAAUGCAUCCUUACAGACGGAGAAGCAUCUACUGAAAGAGCAUCUGAAGCAGCUGGACUCCCAGAACACACAGCUGAAUGCUCAGACUCUGGCUCUGCAAAAACAAGCCACAACACUGCAGGAGCAGAACACUGCACUUCACAAAGACACCGCCAAACUGCAGGUAGAGAACUCCACCCUGAAAUCUCAAAACUCGUCUCUGACCGCUCAGUACACGGCCCUGCAGACCCAGCUGCAGACUCUGGAGGCAGAGGCUGAGGUUCUGCAGAGGCAGCGUGAGGAGGCUCAAGCCAGACGUGACGGUGUCGCUCAGGACCACGAGCGUCUGCUCGGCGUCCACGAGAGGCAGGCAGCUGAAUACGAGCAGCUCAUCACCCAGCACACUGCCUUGAAAAGCAGCCAGAGAGCGCUGGAGCAGGAGCACCGCAGUCUGGAGAGCAAGUAUGGGCUGCUUCUGAAACAGAAGGAUGCUGUGGAGGGGCUGGAAGUGUCUCUGCAGAAAGAGCGGGAAAGUCUGGGGGAGGAGAUUCGUAAAAACACUCAGAUUAUGGAAGAGAAUCGUGGUCUGAGAGAGGAGGUGGACAGACUGUCACAAAAACACGCACAUUUACGUCAGGAGUACGACGGGCUGCAGCUUCAGAGCAAGGAGCUAAAGACGUCCCUGAACGAGUCCCAGCUGGAGCUGAACCGCUGGCAGGCGCUCUACGACCAACUCAAAGAGAAGCACCAGGGCCUGGACAUUUCCAUGACCAAACUGGACAACCACUGUGAGCUGUUGACUCGGCUGAAGGGGAAUCUGGAGGAGGAGAACCACCACCUGCUGAGCCAGAUCCAGAUGCUGAGCCAGCAGAACCAGACACUGCUGGAAAGGUCCAUGGAGAGCAAGGAGCUGUACCACGAGGAGCAGAAACAGUACAUUGAUAAGCUGAAUGCAUUACGGAGGCAGAAGGAAAAGCUGGAAGAAAAGAUUAUGGAUCAGUACAAGUUUUAUGAACCGACUCCUAAAAAGAAGACCCACUGGAUAGGAGCGAAAGCGAUAGCCAAAUUCAUGAAACCUAAGAAGGAAGGGGCACGGGAGAGGCAGGACGGCUCUCGCGAGCGGAUCCGAAGUGCCCCAGACAUCCCUCUGCCUGACAUCCCUCACCCUCUGGACUGUUCUGCAGAAAGCCCCACGCUUCCUCCACUUCCACUGCCCCCUCGCACCAACCCGGACUCGCCAAGCAGCAUCUCAGUGGAUGAAAACCACAUUCACGCCUCCCCAAGCUUCUCCACAGCUUCAAAAAACGGAGGUCUGGGUUACAGCAGUGGUUCCAGAAGCUCAGUGGCAUACCGUCCAGGAGGGGGAAGCACAGAGGACAUGAACGGCUACGAGGAGCUGGUGAUUAGACAGAGAGGCUUAGAGCCAUCCUGCUCCACUCCGCUAAACCACAGCUCCCACAAUACACCAGGCUUCACCCCUUCCAGCUCGCGGCCAGGGCGCAGGCCCAAAGGAUUAAUCUCUGAAGAGGACCUGCGUAUGCACUCCCUUGAUGCCGGCUUUGGGAGCGGUGGCCAUGGAAACGCAGGACUCAGGCCCAAUUCUGCUGAUUACAGUCGCAACACCUCCAGCAGCAGCUCUCCCGUCAACUCGAAAGGUUCCCUGGAGCGCCUGCAAAGACAUUCUGCCAGUCUCUCCAGUGAUGACGUGGUUGGACUGAGCCAUGAGAGCUCCACACUUAGCCAGUCUUCUGUGCUACCUCGUAGCUCCACACUUCCCUACGAAGCCACGCCGCAGUCCCGGUCUACCCCAUAUGCCACCUGUCCACGUCCCAGGUCCCCUGGCAGUGAGAUGGUCACCCUGGAGGAGUUUCUGCAGGAGAGCAACACCCUGUCACCUCCUACUGUGCACACAGGAAGUCGGGAGGAUCUAAUGACAGACUAUUUCACCAGAGUGGGCAGGCCAAUGCCACCAGUGAGAGAUGGCACCAAAACGCCCACUAGUUAUGUCACGCCAACCAUCAAAACAACAGCGUCCAUACCAGAUGGGCGAACCUCCAAACCCGGGCACAGUGUUAAACCAAGCAUACGCCUCUCAGAAGCUUCCAUGACCCUUUCUCAAUCCCAGACGCUUCCUAACCGAGGCAGUAGUGGGAGUGGGGGGCGAUCCUCACACCUGCAACACUCAGGGCCUCGUGGAGGAACCGCAGGCAGCAGCAGCCUGAGCCGCACUUUCAGCCUGGCCUCGGCUGACCUCCUCCAAUCAAACGGCCCUGACUGUUACCGAUCCGAGGGGGGCGGCACCAUGCAGGCCGAGGGGGCAACGAGGAGGGAGCGUCCACUUUCAGCCAGGCUCACUGGAAGCUCUGGGUAUCUUUCACUAGACCCCCGGCGUCUCUCUGUAGCUACUCCCAGGGAUGACCAACCCCUCUCUUCCUCCUCCACUGUAUUGCAGUCAGAUCGAGGCUACACAGGAAGCGGUGGUCGCUCAGGAACCAUGCACUUGAACACUUCGCACCAUCCUCGGGGUGAGGUGGCACUGGUGACACCAGUGCGUGCCGUCUCUGCCCUGAGGCAAAAGGAGGUGGAGGAACACAAGGAGACCAGGCAGACUGAACCAUCUUCAUCCUCACUGAAGAAAUCAGACAGUUCUGGCUGUUAUGUAGAGGAAAGGCCCAUGAGCACACCAGCCUCCCCAGACCCCAACAACGACCAACAGACCGUUUGGUAUGAAUACGGCUGUGUGUAACCCAAAGUCCAACCCUGUGGUAGCUCUGUUUAACCAUGUCCACAGUGUUUUUCAUUCACAACACUUCAGGACAGCAGUGACGUCAAAUUUAGACUGAUAACAUUGCAAUUAAAUGGAUUUAAAAACCUGCUAAACCAACAAAGAGCACGGCAUUAACUCUGUCUGUGCCUCAUUGUUCACAAGCCCACUGUGGAAGACUCUUGGAAGACAAAGGAAUGUGUUCGGGGUUUAAUCUGGCUUGAGAACGUUUACUCUUCCGUUAUCGCACACCAGAGUUUUCCUCCAGCUUUCUGUGGACGGCAUGCCUGGCAGGUCCAAGUUCUAUUCUGAAUGCAACGCUCAAACAUUGGCCUUCACUUGAAGGACCGCUCCCUGGAUAAUCAUAGAGUAAUUACAGUAUACAUCUUUAGGAGGUGGGGUGAAAGCAGCGAGUCCACCAUUCAGACAGCCUCAACGGGAAAGGUUACUGAAAACAGCUCGUCUCUCUGACACCAUAUUGACAAACCAGUGCCUGAACCUUUUCUGCUGCAGUCACCACAUCUCUGCUAUAGGACUGGGUUUUGGUCAUACAUGGGAUACAGAAACAAAAGAUCAUGAACCACAGAAGAAACUGGGAAGAGUGAAAGAAAAAGAAAAACAGAGUGGUGGAGAUGAAGUGAA